AUGGUCCAAACAAACACAACGGGCAACCCGCUCAGCGCGGGUUCGCUCGCCUUGUUCAUGGCCACUUCGCUACCUAAAGGACAGGCAUCACAGCUCAAGAACGGAACAGAGGCCAUCGCAUUGGCGGUUCACGCCGGCAUGCUUGCCGUCGGUUUUCGUCUUAUUGGACUGGGCGAAGAUGAGCGCAUAGAAGCGCAUGCAGACGCCGAAGACCCAAAAGAACUACCUGCACAAUGGAACACUUCCUCUUCGUACGCAUUUCGAUAUGCACACGCACAGUCAGCUAUGGAGUUUCUUGUCAAGGUCAACAGAUUGGGAGGCAAGGCCGUUGUCUUCGCCCUGGCCGUGGGCGACGACAAGACGACACAUUUCGAGCUCACCACAAAAGACUACCUGUCCGAAUCACAAUUACCCUUCAGCGUUCCGGAAGGAACUUCCAUAGAGGAUGCAUCACAAAAAUUGCAAGAUCUCUUCAUCUCGGCCGGCCGGCUGAACGAUCUUGGCUCGCUGCUCAAAAUUUCUGUGAUCCAGAAGCUGGCGCCACGUUUGAACAAGCCCGGCUAUGAGGAAAGCACAACAGAUCAGGAUCGCACACCUACAGCAGACCGACAGGAUCCCCAACGAAGUGAUCCUCCUAAUCCACGGCAGCCACCGGCUGAUCCUGACCCCGCGCGACCCCACCCAUUCAAUGAUCCCCUUGCCGCUCCACCACGGUCCGGCCGACAUCUGCCUGAACCCAUACCCGGCUUCGACGAUGAACUGGACGUGAACCGUGGGCCAGGCCGUCUCCAAGAUAAUCGGAAUCCCAUCAACAUUGGUCAUGACGACUUGUAUCCACAAGGACUCGGGCCUAACGAUCCUCUACGGCCACAUCUAGCAGGCGGCCUACCAAGACCAGGUGGUUUUGGUGGCGGUGGUAUGCACCCUACGUUCGACGAUCCGCUGUUUCGUGGUCAAGGUGGACAAGGCGGCUACGAUCCAAUGGCUCCUCCGGGUGCACGAUACGAUACGUUUGGACCCGGAGAUCCGAGAGCAGAGGAUAGAGGACGAGUCCCCCGCUUUCCCGGUGGAGGAGGUGGUGGUUUCGGCGGACCUGGAGGUUUCGGCGGCCGGCCACCAAAUCCAUUUGGAGGCUUUGGGGAUGGCGAUUUUAUCUAA